AUGAUCCGCUCGGUGCUUUUCUCACAGAACCUGCACCAGAACUGCUUCCUGAGCCUGGCGUCCAUGGCCUCCCCGUCCCGCAGCAGCCAGGCCCAGCAGCGCUCCAAGGAUGUGGUCCGGCUCAGCUUCAGUCCCGAGACCUACGCGGUCCCCAACACUCUGCUGCUGGGCCUGUCCCGGUCCACCAGCGACACGGACCUGGUCUCCCCUGAGGCCCGCUCCACCCUCACGGCCAGCGCCUCCCAUCACACCGUGGGGCAGUCCCAGGACCUGGUCAUCUCCUGGGACAUCAAGGAGGACGUGGAUGCGGGAGACUGGAUCGGGAUGUAUCUUCUCGAUGAAACCUCGUCUGAGAACUUCCUGGAUUACAAAAGCCGAGGAAUCAGCGGCUCCCAAAAAGGACAGAUCGUUUGGAAGUUUGACUCCAGCGUCCCCUUCCCCAACGCAGAGACCCAGGUUUGCUUCAGGUAUUACCACGGAGUCAGCGGAGCUUUGAGAGCCACCACCCCCAGUGUCACCAUCAAGACCAGCCCCUGUCCAGCGUCAAAGACAGUGGUGAGUCCAGAGGCGACCACGGAGCAGCGCAGGAGGAGGCUGAUCAGCUUCACUCUGUCCGACCUUCAGGCGGUUGGGAUAAAAAAGGGCAUGUUCUUUAACCCGGACCCGUACCUGAAGCUGUGUAUUCAGCCGGGAAAGCACAGCAUCUUCCCCUCGCUGCCGCACCACGGUCAAGAGAAGCGCUCUGCUGUGGCCUGCAACACUGUCAACCCCCAGUGGAGCACAGAGAGGUUCAGCUUUGUGUCUCUUCCCACUGAUGCGCUGGAAAUAGAGGUGAAGGACAAAUUUGCCAAAAGUCGACCCAUCAUCAAACGGUUCCUUGGAAAACUGUCCAUCCCGGUUCAGAGGCUGCUGGAAAAACAUGCAAUUGGUGACCGUGUGGUGAGCUACACGUUGGGCCGGAGGUUGCCCACGGAUCAUGUUUGUGGACAGCUGCAGUUUCGCUUCGAGCUGACUUCAUCUAAUCACCCAGACGACGAGGACUUGUCGCUUGUCAUCGAAGUCCCUGCUCCUGAAGUGAACGCAGACGACUCUAACCCCACCAACGCUGAAGACGACACCGUCAGCGUUGGACCAGACAUCCUGGAUCUCCCUGGGGACAGUCCCAGAGACCCCUGUCCUCCAGAGCACCCUACCCCCACCGCAGAAAACACACAGGCGCAAUCAGACAGCCCCGAGACGACUGUAGAAGUGGUGAACGGCUACAGCGACGGCAACGAGGUCCAGUCUGAUGAAGCCACCGUCACUGCAGAGGCUGAGGUGGAGGAUGGGCAGAUACAGGAGCUGUCCAGAGAGAUAGAGGAGGUGGUAGAGGGUCCUAAACAGGCAGACGAUGAGAACAAGUCCGAAUCAAUAAUACCCAAUGAUAAAGGCUUGACUAUAGACGCUGAGAGCCCUGAUAAAUACGACCCUAUCCCAGACACGAACAAUGAGACAUCUGCGGUGACGUCACAAGCAGUAUGUAACGGAGAGAUGAGUCCUGUGUCCUGCGGUUGCCAGUCCCUGUUCUCCAACUACAACCAGACGUCCGGACGGAAGACGCGGCCCUGUUCUCUGCCGGUGUCCGAGCUGGAGACGGUGAUCGCGUCGGCCUGCGGGGAGCCGGAGACGCCCAGGUCCCACUACAUCCGCAUCCACCACCUGCUGCACAGCCUGCCCUCGGCACAAGCCUCCAGCCUGGACGAGCCCCAGGAGGGAGAGAGCCCCAAUACCUCCUCAGCACCGCCAACCCCCAAGCUCACUGAGAACCAACCGGAGGAGGAGGAGGACGAUGACACCACCAUGUCUCCCUCACAGGUCGUGGAGUGUUCAGGCCGCUGCUGUCGCCGCACUCUCCCGCGCAGUCUCUCCAUCGAGCGCCUGUCGGAGCUCAACCACCUGCUGGAGCGUGGCGAGGGGAGGCGCCCGCCCUGCUCCUCCUCCUACAGCACCGAGGAGGAGCAGGGGGGUCCGGGGGGCAGCUCCAGAGACUGUGAGCUCUGCGACACCUCCUGCUACAGCACGUCCUGCUACAGCACCUCCUGCUACAGCACCUCGGCCCAGAGCCACUCGGUGUACGAGGGCCGGGAGCACGCGCGCCUCUCCUCCGCCGACAGUAACCGGCUCUCGGGCAGCACCGUCUUCUCCUCCCAGGACGAGGAGGACGAGGAGAACAGCACCUUCGAGUCGGCGCUGGAGGAAGGGCAGGAGGGAGGAGCAGGCCGGACGCUCCUGCUGAAGGAGGCGCGGCACGGGGAACCAGGAACCACGGCACCAGGUGGACCGGGACCGAGUGAGCGCAACGGCACCAGCUCAGACUCCAUCUCUCCUCUUUGCCAUCUUCCAGCCCUGCGCCCCGGCCAUGAGCUUAACCAUUUCUCUCCCGCCAAUGACCCCACCCUACCUCCAAACUGGGAGGCCCGUGUGGACAGCCAUGGCAGAGUGUUCUAUGUGGACCACGUGCACCGGACGACCACCUGGCACCGACCGAACCACAGCGAGUGCGGCUCCAAGUGCAGCCUGGGCCUCCCCCGCUCCGGCUCCACGCAGCAGAUGGAGCAACUCAACCGCAGAUAUGAGAGUAUCCAGAGGACCAUGGCCACAGAGGACGAGGGCGAGAGCUCCCGGCCCACAGCGGACACACAGACGGACUGGACUCCUGCAGGUCCCGGCUCCUCCUCCAGUAACACCAAACUGAGCCAGCUCCUGCAGUCUCCUGCCGUCAAGUUCAUCACACACCCCGAGUUCUUCACCGUGCUGCACAGUAACUACGCGGCGUACCGGAUGUUCACCAGCAGCAGUUGCGUGAAGCACAUGAUUUUAAAAGUACGGCGGGAUGCCAGAAACUUCGAGCGCUAUCAGCACAACAGAGACUUGGUGGUUUUCCUCAACAGGUUCGCAGACACUCAGCUGGAGCUGCCGCGGGGCUGGGAGAUCAAGACCGAUCCUCAGGGCAAGUCCUUCUUUGUAGAUCACAACAGUCGUGCUACAACCUUCAUCGACCCUCGAAUCCCUCUUCAAAAUGGCCGCCUGCCCGGUUACCUCGCUCACAAGCAGCACCUGCAGAGGCUACGCAGCUACAGCGCGGGAGAGGCGUCAGAAGUGUCGAGAAACCGCGGGACGUCUCUGAUGGCCCGGCCGGCGAACAUGCUGAUCGCGGCUAUACGAAACCAGCACCUAGAUCAGCAAACGUCGCCCCCUUCAUACAACGAUAAGAUUGUGGCCUUCCUCCGACAACCCAACAUCUUUGACAUGCUGCAGGAUCGGCAGCCGAGUCUGGGCACCAACCACGAGCUCAGAGAGAAGAUCCACUACAUCCGCACAGAAGGCACGGCGGCGGUGGAGAAGCUGUCGUGUGAUGCAGACCUGGUCAUUCUUCUCAGCUUAUUUGAGGAUGAAGUGAUGUCGUAUGUGCCUCCUCAUCCCGUCCAUCCUGGCUUCAACUUUUCACCGCGCUGUUCUCCUGGAUCGUCCCCACAAAACUCCCCAGGGCCUCAGAGGGCCCGGGCGCCGGCUCCGUACCGCAGAGACUUUGAGGCAAAACUUCGAAACUUCUACAGGAAGUUAGAAGCAAAGGGCUACGGACAGGGACCGGGAAAGAUCAAGUUACUCAUCAGAAGAGAACAUCUUUUGGAGGGAACGUUCAACCAGAUCAUGGCCUACUCCCGCAAAGAAUUACAAAGGAGCAAACUCUACGUCACUUUUCAUGGGGAAGAGGGGUUGGACUACAGCGGUCCGUCCAGAGAGUUCUUCUUCCUGCUGUCUCAGGAGCUGUUUAACCCUUACUACGGCCUGUUUGAGUACUCAGCCAACGACACGUACACGGUGCAGAUCAGCCCCAUGUCGGCCUUCGUGGAGAACCACCUGGAAUGGUUCCGCUUCUGUGGUCGCAUCCUGGGCCUGGCCUUGAUCCAUCAGUACCUGCUGGAUGCUUUCUUCACACGUCCUUUUUACAAGGCUCUAUUAAGACUCCCCACAGACCUGUCCGACCUGGAGUAUCUGGACGAGGAGUUCCACCAGUCUCUGCAGUGGGUCAAGGACAACGACAUCACCAACAUCCUGGAGCUGACCUUCACGGUGAACGAGGAGGUCUUUGGACAGGUGACAGAGAGAGAGCUAAAGUCUGGAGGAGCGAACAUCCAGGUGACGGAGAAGAACAAGAAGGACUACAUCGAGAGAAUGACCAAGUGGAGAGUGGAGAGGGGCGUGGUGCAGCAGACUGAGGCUCUCAUCCGGGGCUUCUAUGAGGUGGUGGACUCCCGGCUGGUCUCUGUGUUCGACGCCCGGGAGCUGGAGCUGGUGAUCGCCGGGAGAGUGGAGAUCGACCUGAACGACUGGAGGAGCCACACAGAGUACAGAGGAGGCUAUCAUGACGGCCACAUCGUGAUGCGCUGGUUCUGGGCUGCGGUGGAAAGGUUCAACAACGAGCAGCGACUGCGCCUCCUACAGUUUGUGACCGGUACCUCCAGUGUGCCGUACGAGGGCUUCGCUGCGCUCCGAGGCUCCAACGGGCUGCGGCGCUUCUGUAUCGAGAAGUGGGGAAAAGUCACAUCGCUGCCCAGGGCACACACCUGCUUCAACCGGCUGGACCUGCCCCCGUACCCCUCCUACUCCAUGCUGUACGAGAAGCUUCUGACGGCUGUGGAGGAGACCAGCACCUUCGGCCUGGAUCACCCACGUACAUCCCCUUGUUUGGCUUCGCAGCGUCUCUCUGUGCGUGUGCGUCUCACGUCACAGGCCGCGGAUGGAUGCAGCUUUGUCCGCUCCUCCAGGAACAGGAACCGCAGGCCUUCUCCCCCACCACCACCACCGCCUCGCCCCGGAUCUGCUGUCUCUGCCCGCGGAUGGAGGAGCCACAGGAGCCCGCUUGACGCUCAUUCAAGGCCAAAUGAGCGCUUGUUUGUAGCGGGGUCUGCAGUCCCAUCCAUCGCGGUUCUAGUCCUGGACCAGAGAGCCCCAAACAUGCCGCGCGCUCCGGCCCCCCCGCUGGCCCCCCUGCUGGCCCUCAUAUUUGGGCUCUUUCUAGAGAUGGUUGAAGCUAAGAAGUACUGCUGGUACUUUGAAGGAGGAUAUCCCAUCUACUUCAUAUGCCGCUCCUAUGAAGACUGUUGUGGCACCCGCUGCUGUGUGCGGGCCCUGUCCAUACAGAGACUCUGGUAUUUCUGGCUGCUGCUCAUGAUGGCCGUGCUGUUCUGCUGUGGCGCUGGGUUCAUCAUUCGCCGGAGGAUGUACCCGUCUCCUCUGAGGGACGAGCCCGCCUUCAACGUGUCCUUCACCCGACAUCCAGCCCACUCUCCAGUGUCCCAACAGCCGGUCCCGGUCCACGGCUACAGAGUGAGCGGAGUGCCUGAACCCGUGGUGUACCCGGCCUCCUACCCCCCGCCCCCGUCCUACUGCAACCACCCCCCACCCUCCUACGAACAAAUAUUCCAAAACAGCGACAAGACGUAG